AUGUCAAGCUCAGGUCCACCGCCUCCAGGAGGCGACUACAACAGGGCUGGCGAGGUUCAUGCCUUCACCUGGACUCUGGAGAUCCUCUCUCUCAUGUUCGUGCUCGGAAGGAUGUACUCACGUAUAAAGCUUACGCGGAAUGUCUGGUGGGACGAUUGGUGUAUCUGUUUUGCUCUUGUCCUUGACUUCGUGGUCGCCAUUAUGUGGAGUGUCUAUGCAGCUCGUGGCUAUGCGAGGCAUCUCUACUACUUGACUCCUCCUCAGAUAUCGAACGCUCUGGAAUUGAAUACAAUGUCGCGGUCUCUGUGCAUGUUCAGUAUUGCCGUUGGCAAAAUCUCUGUGGCUUUUUUGAUUGAAAGAAUUGCAGGCCCCAACGACUGGAGAAAGUGGCUGCUGAGAGGCAUCUCCAUCAGUGUCUUCAUCUCAGCUGUCAUCACGUUCACAUUGUUCUACGUCCAAUGUCAACCCGCAAGGGCGCUUUGGGACAAGGGCAUGAUCAAGGAAGGCACCGGAAGUUGCUGGAACCCCAUUCCUGUCAACACUUGGGAUCUGGUCAUUGCUAGUUACUGGGCAUUCUUGGAUUUUGCCCUUGCUUUCAUCCCAGUCGACAUUGUAUGGAAGCUGCAUUUGAGCACACAGAAGAAGUUGCUGUUGACCCUCCUUUUGGGUAUGGGAGUCUUUGCCGGAGUAUGCGCGGCUGUCAAGACCUCGAAAGUUCCCAUAACGGUCAAGGCUAAGACUGAUAUCACUUGGCAGACCAUUGAGCUGCUUAUGUGGAACGGAAUCGAAAUGAACGUCAUCAUCAUAGCAGCCUGCAUUCCAACUCUGCGACCCAUUUUCUUGAUCCUCUUGAAGCGUCCUGGGGCCGACAAUUUCCGCGCAUCCGUCCGCGAGCGCGGCCGUUCCUCGUAUUACUACAGGACUUCCGACUCUGAAGAAUCCAAGAAGACGACCACAGGAUCCAGUGCUCCCAGUAAGGCUUUCGACAAAAGAGCUUCGCGAGCAAUCACCGGGAGUACCGAAGCUAUCAAUAAAAAGAGCUCAAAUGAUGGUGGUGUGGUGCUCCAAUUGGAGAGUACAGAAGUUGGCGGCCGAGACGAAGAGAUUGAGGAGGGAGACUGGGGACAUGCCCACGGGUUUGGUAUCCCCAUGACUGGCAUUGGAAGCGAUCAGGAUGCAGCGGAGAUGGACUCAGGGCGCUUAAGAGAAGACAGCUCGGUCUAG